UGAUCUUCUUGCAGUAUUUUAAAAGAGGGAAGACAAAAGGAGGAUUUCAUGUUUUGUGUGGCACCCAAUGGUACAGGAUCCAUCAUGAACAUAACGAAGGGUGGGCUGGUGCUAUUUUCAGCCAAUUCCAACCCGUCGUGCAUGGAACUAUCAAAGAAAAUUGCCGAGCGGCUGGGAGUGGAGAUGGGCAAAGUCCAGGUUUACCAGGAGCCGAACAGAGAAACACGGGUACAGAUUCAGGAGUCCGUGAGAGGAAAAGAUGUCUUCAUCAUCCAGACUGUCUCAAAGGAUGUGAAUACGACCAUCAUGGAACUCCUCAUCAUGGUGUAUGCCUGUAAAACGUCCUGUGCCAAAAGCAUUAUUGGCGUGGUUCCCUACUUCCCAUACAGCAAGCAGUGCAAGAUGAGGAAAAGGGGCUCCAUUGUCUCUAAGCUUCUGGCUUCGAUGAUGUGCAAGGCGGGUCUGACUCACCUCAUCACCAUGGAUUUGCAUCAAAAGGUCCAGGGCUUCUUCAAUGUCCCGGUCGACAACCUGAGAGCAUCUCCAUUGCUACAGUACAUUCAAGAAGAGAUUCCAGACUAUAGAAAUGCUGUGAUCGUGGCCAAAUCUCCGGCAUCUGCAAAGAGGGCUCAGUCGUUUGCAGAGCGCUUGAGACUGGGAAUUGCGGUGAUACACGGGGAGGCUCAAGAUGCAGAGUCCGACCUGGUGGACGGCCGCCAUUCGCCCCCGACAGCUAAGAGUGCAGCUGCCAUCCACCCUAGUUUAGAGAUACCCAUGUUGAUUCCAAAAGAGAAACCUCCCAUCACAGUUGUCGGAGAUGUGGGCGGAAGGAUAGCCAUCAUUGUGGAUGACAUAAUAGACGACGUCGACAGCUUCCUGGCUGCUGCUGAGACGCUCAAAGAGAGAGGUGCCUACAAUUUUGUCAUGGCCACCCACGGCCUCCUUUCCUCGGGCCCCCGGUUGAUAGAGGAGUCUGCAAUCGACGAGGUUGUGGUCACCAACACAAUUCCUCACGAGAUCCAAAAGCUCCAGUGCCCCAAAAUUAAGACUGUGGACAUCAGCAUGAUUCUUUCGGAGGCCAUACGCAGAAUCCACAACGGGGAGUCUAUGUCGUACCUUUUCAGGAAUAUAGGCCUGGAUGACUGACUUGUUCCUUGGAAGGCUUGAAGGAGGAGGAGGAGAAGAGGGGGGGAAAUAUCUUCAGGGGCCAAACUGGACAUCUACACAGAAAACGGAGUUGUGAAGCAUCGUGGUUUAAACUUCGUCCUUCAAUGGAACCCACUUUGUUUAGUUGCUUUCCUUCCCCAUGGUUUAAAUUUAGUAGAUGAAAUUUC